AUGAUUAAUGGUGACGUUCACUUUAAAAAUGUUGACAUUGUGAAAUGGAGUGGGGAUCGAUAUACUGCCCUUGUGCUUAAUAAAACUGUUACUGUUAACGGGAGAUCUUUAACAAUAACUUUGAGCCCAAAAGAAGCAGCCAAGUCAAAACCAGGAUAUAACAGAAGCAAUACGCAAAGUCUCCAUAGUGCAGCACCUGAACCAUUGGAUCAAGGAGAUGAGAAGUCUGAUUUGUUAGGGUAUGUGGUAUCCUCUGGAAAAUUGGUUUUGGAUAAGAGGAAGAUUUCUGUAAAUAACAAUAAAAGUGAUGCUCAACAAACUUCUUUUGACACUACCAACCAAGCCUCUGUGGAUGCCAAACUAACAAGCAAAGCUUUACUUUGGGGAUCUCAUGUGCUGCACCUUGACGAUGUCAUCUCGGUUUCUUAUCAUGCUGGUCUUAAACAUUUCACAGUGCACUCGUAUCCAAUGAAAAAGGCUUCAUGUGGUCUUUCUUGUUUUAUUAAAUCUCGAAGGAGUCGCAAGGACUUCCGUUUUGUGGCUACUACAAUAGAAGAGGCAAUUCAGUGGGUUGGUGGUUUUGCUGAUCAACACUGUUUCAUUAACUGUCUUCCUCACCCUUUAGUGUCUUCCAAGAAGCAAGCGUCCUCGGAAUUGUUUCAAACCGAUACCCCUCCUGAAUUGCUCUUCAGAUGCAAAACUCCACCCAAGAUGCUUGUAAUUUUGAAUCCACGCUCAGGCAGAGGUCGUUCAAGUAAAGUUUUCCAUGAUACCGUGGAGCCAAUUUUUAGGCUUGCUGGGUUUAGAUUGGAGGUGGUCAAAACAACAUCUGCUGGUCAUGCUAGAAAUCUUGCAUCCACUGUAGACAUCAGCACUUGCCCUGAUGGAAUUAUAUGUGUUGGUGGUGAUAGGAUAAUCAAUGAGGGCGAUAAUCCAUACCGAGAAGAAAAUGCAAUGAUAAUCCAAACAUUGAGAGGCUUGUUUCUCGCCCCCAAUUUUCCUACCGAGUCUAUCUUACUCUUGAUCUCUAUCCUCUUAUAUCUACAUAUAUCAUAA